AUGAUAUUGGAUACAGACGACCAGAAGAGGUUGGAGCAGGAUGCGGCGCUCUGCAAACAGCUUCACGGCACCUCAGUGUCCGCGCAAGGCCUAUUUGCUAUGAGAAAGGAUUUCAAAACGCACAAGGUCGUACUGGAUAGCUACUUCAAGUACUUUGGGAAAGACAUUGCUGAAGACGAUAAAAUGUGUACAGGAGAUCGGCGACAAGAGGAAUAUUCAACCAUGGUCAAGCUCUUCUACAACCUGGCAACAGAUUUCUACGAGUAUGGUUGGUGUAAAUCACUGCACUUCUGUCGAUUUAGUUACGAUGAGCCCUUUCUCCAGGCAAUAGCCCGCCAUGAGCAUUAUCUAGCACAUCAGGUCGGCAUUAAAGAAGACAUGAUGGUCCUGGACGUCGGGUGUGGCCUCGGUGGCCCUGCCCGUGAGAUCGCCAAGUUCACUGACGCAACAAUCACCGGUCUCAAUAAUAGCGAAUAUCAAAUCCAGAAAGCAACGCAUUAUACAAAACAGGCCGGCCUUUCGCAAAAGGUGUCCUUUGUGAAAGGCAACUUUGUCGAAAUGGACUUUAAGGACAAUACAUUUGAUGCCGCAUAUGCUAUUGAAGCAACCCUACACGCCCCAACCCUGGAUGCUGUGUACAGUGAGAUAUUCCGCGUCUUGAAGCCCGGUGCUGUGUUUGGGGUGUACGAGUGGCUUCUCACAGACAGGUUUGAUGAAAAUAACUCCGAGCAUCGCGGGAUUUCCCUUGGGAUUCAACAGGGGAAUGGAAUUGCCAAGUUAUUCACAGUAUCCCAGGGCCUCAGCGCUGUGAGACGUGCCGGAUUCGAGCUGAUCCACCAUGAGGAUCUGGCACAUCGGCCAGCCGUGGCACCGUGGUAUCAUCCUCUGUCUUUCUCUAUCAGGGACGUUCGAAGUCUUUCCGAUAUCGUCACUUAUGCUCCUAUGAGCAGUUUGGGGCGCACUGUUACACACUAUAUGACCAGAGCUCUAGAAUUGGCACGCAUCUUACCCAGGGGGACUCAGGCAGUUGCCGACAGCUUGUCUUUGGCCGGUGAUAGUUUGGUUGAGGGUGGCCAGAAGGAUCUUUUUACUCCUAUGUAUUUCCUGUUGGCCAGGAAACCAACAGAGUGA